CCGGCGUCUUUCGCCUUCUCUCAUUUCACUCAUGGCGGCCCCUCGACAUGUUCCCUUGCCAGAGCCGGUCUGCUCCCCAAAGACUACUCUGGACGCGACGCGGCAAGCAGGUAUAGACAAAAUACUGAAGGACCUCAAGUCCUGCACACGACGGCUCCAGGCGGCAUUCGCAUCUCACCAAGUCGAGUUGCAGAUUCUGGAGAAGCUAUAUUACAAGGGCAAUAAUCAGCAUCGUUCUGCGUUAUUCUGGCGGCGAGUGUCCGAUGUCAGGAGGUUUGGCAAGAGACUAGAAUCAAUCAAGAUCCACGAACACCUAGGAACGCUUCGUUUCGCGUUCUGGGGAGAUUCUUCACGGCACAAUGCGAAAGCGUUGAAAGCUGCGUGGACACACGCGCCUGACGCGAAAUCUGUUCGACAUGUUCUCGCAAGGCUGAGGGACUGCCUUUUGCUAGUUGACAGCAUGGAAGAGCAUUUGACAAAGGCACACAACCACUUAAAUCUCAACCUCCAGACGGGGGCGUUCCUACAACUUAUUUUGACAUUGACAGCCAUAACCUCUCGGAUGGCUAUUCUACUUAACGAGAUAGGUCCUGUGAUUGCACAGGCAUGGGUAGCAUGCUACCGUCUACUGGAAACCUUGGCGUCCGAACCUUUGAUACCGGCUCCCAAGUUCCUAAGUGGCCGAUACAAAAAUCUAGACCCUAGACGUGUCGGCCCGUCAUCAAGAAGCAUCUCUCAGGCGAAGCAAGACACAGGGGAAGACGCGGGCGACGCGGUAAUUGCCCGUCAAAAUGAGAUUGAGAGUGCCUUGACUGGCGCCACAGUCAUCAGCUCUGUUUCUGUCACUAAAUCCCGCGGCCAAAAUGUCACAGAAGACGAGACGGUAACCGUAACCGAGGAUAUGAACUUCAUGUUCACCCAGCCAAAGAUGUCUUUCACUCCCAAUGCAAUCGUGCGUGAAACGGUGCAUGUAUCGAGAACAAAAGAAGCUCUGGAUGGCUCGACCCGCAAACGAUCGGCGACAGAAAUACAAGACAGUCGAGGCAAGAAGAAGCGGAAGAAAAAAGAUGAGAUCGACGACAUAUUUGGUUUCUGAGCAUAUGUGUACAUAUUGUUACAGUUCCAUCGUUGUUGUCCCCAUCUACACAAUGUGACGAUGGAAUCGAGG